AUGGCCAACCCCCGCGUUGAAGAGCUUCCCGAUGACGAGACCAAGAAGGUCUCCGUCGAGGAGCACGAGGACGAGAGCUCCGACUCCGAGGUUGAGGGCGAGGAUGCUGAGGGCCUUCCCUCCGGCUCCACCGCCGUCAUCCACUCCCGCAACGAGAAGAAGGCCCGCAAGGCCCUCGAGAAGCUGCACCUGACGAGAGUGCAGGGCAUCACCCGCGUCACCCUGCGCCGCCCGAAGAACAUCCUCUUCGUCAUCAACAACCCCGAGGUCUACAAGUCCCCCAACAGCAACACCUACAUCGUCUUCGGUGAGGCCAAGAUCGAGGACCUCAACGCCACCGCCCAGCAGGCUGCCGCCCAGCAGCUCGCCGCUGCCGGUGGUGAGCACGACCACGCCGGCCACAGCCACGCUGAGCCCAGCAAGGCCGCCGAGGCUGAUGCCAAGAAGGAGGAGGAGGAGGAGGAUGACGGCGAGGAGGUUGAUGCUGAGGGCAUUGAGGACAAGGACAUCGAGCUCGUCAUGACCCAGGCCAACGUCAGCCGGAAGAAGGCAAUCAAGGCCCUGAAGGAGAACGACAACGACAUUGUCAACUCGAUUAUGGCAUUGAGCAUCUAG